UCAUCUUCUUCCUCACACAUAAACCCUAGGCGUCGCCGCUUGUAGUUCUACGUCCACCUCUGCCGCACUCCGUCAUCUCCCUCCUUCCGAUCGACAGCCACCACGAAACGCAGUCCAUUCAAGUCGUCAUUGAAGUCGAGGCGCCCGCAAGCCGAUUCCCUCUAUUCGCAAGUCGUCUAUUUCUCUCCGGUAAGCUCGUGUUCCUUCGUCAACACCGCAUUAUUUUUGUCGUCUCUAUUCGAUCGUUGCAUCGCUCCACCGUUGACCGUCGUUUGAAGUGCCAUCACAAAAAGCACCAAGCCAUUUUCCUUACACUAGCCGUUCAUCUGCCUCAACCGAGUUGUUCUUUGCAUCCGAGCCGCCACCCCCUUCGCGAGCCGCUAGCCUAGUUUUAGUCAUUUUCCACAUAUUUUUUGCUUGGUUAAAUCUAAUUGGAAGAAACUUUGGUUUUUCCCCAAUUAAUUAGGUUGAAUUGGAAUUCAACCUCAACUUUGGGACUUGACUGUUUGGAAAGCUUGAUCGUGACCAUUAGGAUAAUUUUGUUAAGCUAAUCUCGAGAAUAUGAUUGAAAAGGAAUUUUUCACUGAAUAUGGUGAAGCUACUCAAUACGAGAUCGAAGAAGUUGUUGGUAAAGGGAGCUAUGGAGUUGUGGCAUCUGCCAUUGACACUCAUUCUGGUGAGAAAGUUGCUAUCAAGAAGAUAAAUAAUGUGUUUGAGCAUGUUUCUGAUGCCACGAGGAUUCUAAGAGAAAUUAAGCUUCUUCGGUUUCUUCGACAUCCUGAUAUUGUUGAUAUAAAACAUAUAAUGCUCCCUCCAUCCAGAAGGGAGUUCAAAGAUUUAUACAUUGUUUUUGAGUUGAUGGAGUGUGAUCUUCAUCAUGUACUAAAAACUAAUGAUGAUCUCACUCCUCAGCAUCAUCAAUUUUUCUUAUAUCAACUUCUUAGAGCAUUGAAGUAUAUACAUUCAGCUCAUGUGUUCCAUAGAGACUUGAAGCCGAAGAAUAUACUUGCCAAUGCAGACUGCAAGCUGAAGAUCUGUGACUUUGGACUUGCACGUGCAUCUUUCAAUGAUGCCCCGUCUGCUAUCUUUUGGACUGAUUAUGUCGCUACUCGAUGGUACCGUGCUCCUGAACUUUGUGGUUCGUUUUUCUCAAAGUAUACACCAGCUAUUGAUAUUUGGAGCAUAGGAUGUAUAUUUGCUGAAAUGUUGGCAAGCAAGCCUUUGUUCCCUGGGAAAAGUGUUGUCCAUGAGCUGGAUCUAAUAACUGACCUACUUGGUACCCCUUCAGCUGAAUGUAUUGCUAAGAUUCGUAAUGAAAAGGCUAAAAGGUAUUUGAGUGGCAUGAGAAAAAAAGAUCCGAUACCUCUGUCGAAAAAGUUUCCUAAUGCAGACCCGCUAGCUCUUCGUUUACUUGAACGUCUGCUUGCAUUUGAUCCUGAUGAUCGCCCUUCCGCUGAGGAGGCAUUAGCUGAUCCUUAUUUCCAUGGACUGGCUAAUCUGAAGGAUGAACCAUCCAGGCAACCCAUUUCAAAACUCGAGUUUGAGUUUGAAAGGAGAAAGUUGACCAAAGAUGAUGUCAGGGAGCUUAUAUAUAGAGAAAUUUUGGAGUAUCACCCUCAAAUGCUUAAGGAAUACCUUCAAGGUUCUGGGAGCCACUUUUUGUAUCCCAGUGGAAUUGACCGAUUCAAGCGACAAUUUGAUCAUCUUGAGGAACGUUCUGGUAAAGGUGAGAGAGGCAGUCCACUUCUAAGGAAGCAUGCCUCCUUGCCUAGGGAGCGAAUAUAUACACUGGGAGAUGUAGAUGAUGAUGAUGAAAAACAUAAAACAGAAUACCGAAAUGCAGCUUCAGUUGAACGUGCAGUGAUUCAAAGCCCUCCUGGACCUGCUUAUCCAUUAACUGCUCGGAACGAUUGCAAUAGUUAUAACCUGUUGAGGAGUGCUAGUAUAAAUUGUUCUAAAUGGGUGGAUUAAUUGGAAGGGUUGCAAGGAAAGAAAGAUGCAACAUUGCUGGUCUUCCUCAGAUUCUUAAUUUGUAAAAUUAUCCUGAUUCUUAUGUCUUUAAACAUGCCUUUAACUUUUAUACUGCUAUAUGGUUCCACUCGUAGGCCACUGAAAGUAAUUGUCAGGGCUGAUUAAAUGGUUGUACAAGUAGAAAUGUCUACAAGAAAUGCUUAUAUAAUGCAAAACCAAAGACCAAUUUUAUGCUA